AUGACAACACCGCAGAAAUUGCGGAUUGCGUUCAUCCACCCCGACCUGGGAAUUGGCGGUGCAGAGCGUCUCGUCGUCGAUGCAGCACUCGGUCUACAAAAGCUGGGACAUUCAGUAGACAUAUACACGUCGCAUCACGACCCGACGCAUUGCUUCGACGAGACACGGGACGGUACUUUGCGCGUGCAUAACGUCGUCCCACCAUUUCCCCGGUCGUACAAGGGCAAGUUUCAUAUCCUUUUCUCUCAUGCACGCCAGCUGCACCUCACCGCGCACCUCCUUCGCCCGUCCGCCCCGGCAUUCGACGUGUAUUUCGUUGAUCAGCUGUCAACGUGCGUCCCACUACUGCGUGCCUUCGCAGGCACGCGUAUUGUGUUCUACUGCCACUUCCCCGACAAGUUACUCGCGGAUGGGGAAUACGUGGAGGGCAAGGUGCAAAGGAAGGGAGGUGGUGCGCUGAAGAGAAUAUAUCGCCUUCCGAUGGACCUUCUGGAGGAGCUGACUACAAGACAGGCGGACAUCAUCCUCGCGAAUUCGAACUUCACGUCGCGAGUCUUCAAGGCUCAUUUCCGAUCUAUUCAGACUACACCGAAGGUGGUAUACCCAGGCAUCAACCUGUCUGCAUAUGAGGCGACAUCUGUGGACAGCCAAGAUCCUGACAUGGUUGCCGUUGCAUCAGAGCGCCCCACUUUACUCUCGCUGAAUCGCUUCGAGAAGAAGAAGAAUGCUGCGCUUGCUAUAGACGCUUUCGCUAUACUGCGUAAAAAGCUCUCCGAGAAUAGCACGCCAACAUUUGAGAACACGCGUCUGGUGAUCGCAGGCGGGUACGACCCACGGGUUGAGGACAACAUGAUGACCCUCGUCGGCCUUAUAGAUCACGCCAAAGCUAACUCUCUAACCUACAACAUCAUCACGCCCUCGGACUCCCGCAUCACCGUGCCCCCAUUCAACUGCACGCCAUUAGGCCCGGACGUCCUUUUCCUCCUUAAUUUCACCACCUCACAGCGUUCUGCCCUGCUUUCCGCACCGUCGACGCUCGUGCUGCUCUACACGCCCACGAACGAGCACUUCGGGAUCGGCCCUGUCGAGGGCAUGGUGUGCGGGCUGCCCAUCCUCGCGUGCAACACGGGCGGACCGACCGAGAGCGUCGUCGACCAGCCACCCGAGGAGCGUACAGGCUGGCUGCGCCCGCCUGUGCCUGAGACGUGGGCGGAAGCCUUGGUGGAGAUCGUCGGGAUGAAGCGGGCAGAGCGGGAGGCACUCUCGACGCGUGCGACGCGUCGGGCAAGAGAACACUUCGGGAUGGAAGCGAUGGCGAAGGGGAUUGAGGGUACGCUGCAGGAGGCGGUGGCGAUGGGCCCUGUGUCUUCGUCGUUUCCGCACCUCGCACUGCUCGCUGUCCUUCUCGUGUUCGUCGCGUAUGUUCUACGGACCCUGGAUUUCCCUUGA